AAAGGCCCUCGCCGGCCCCGGGGCUCGAACCCAGGACCUUCUUGCUGUGAGGCGACAGCGCUAACCACUACACCACCGUGCCGCCCUUGAUAUAUCAUUUUGAAGCUAAAAGAUUUCUCUAUCUAGUGAUACCAUUUAUAUAUGUUGUCAAAAUAUAUUGUAUUUUAUGCCAAAGAAUACAUCCAAUGGUGGAAUGGCACUUUAAGGUCACAACAUUUCUUACUAUCUGAUUAAUUAUUCCAUUCAUCUGUUCGUUAGCCACCACUACACUAACACUCUGUGCACAAGCAUAUUUGAAUAUGUAGACAUCAUGUUAUUUUAUAUCCUCUAUAUGCAGCGUAAUGAGGAUGAGGACAGGUGAACAUGUACGUGUAGGCAGUGUGACACACUGUGUGAGCCGUCAGGCCGCUGGUCACGGACUCGGUGAUGGAGAGUGAUCAUGCGUGUCAGGAGGAGCUUCUUUCUCUCCCAUCUUCUCAUGUCCUUAAGAGUUAUUGGACAACAGAACAUGAGUGGGAGGAUGGCAGACCAUAAAAAAAGCGAUGGGGGAAGUUUACCCAUAUAUGUGUGUGUGUGUGUGUACACAGUGUCUGACUCCUCCUUGAACAUAUUAUAAUCCAGAUCAGCUGAGAUAUAAAUGUGACAGCUGCAGAAGCGCGGUGUCUCCAGGGCGAACAUCCUCACACACAGAGUUCCACACACUCCUCCUGCUCCGGUAUGGUGUUCCUGGGUGGUCCUGUGUCUCGGUCCCUGUGCACUGAGCAGAAACUCAGCUCUUUCCGUCUGCACUGGCUCACCAUGUUGAUCGCAGCGCUUCUCAUCCUGUCCACAAGUGCCACCUGUGCGCAAUGCACCACGGUCGAGCAAGAUCUGCACAUCGUUCACAACGUGGACAACAGAAGUCCAGAGAUCGACCCGUUCUGGUAUGUGGGUCGCGGCGUGAGACCCAUCGGCCGCUUCGGGAAGCGCGAGAGUGACGCACCAUUACAGCACGCGCUCCUCCUGCUCGUGCUCAGAGCGCUCAGGAACACGGAGCACACGCGCAGCCAAGCCUCCUCCCCAAACAUGGACUAUUACCCAGAAGUGCACAAAUCCUAUACUUGAACCGAAGGAGAAACAUGUUAGUUAUUAUUACCAGAAGGAAGACCAGCAACUAAUUCCAUCUGAGUUAAGGUAGCUUACUGAAGUACUGGUACCAAAUUGUACUUUAUUAUCAAAAGGUAACAGAAAUAUGACAUACGGAACCGACGGUAUAGGUCAAAUUAACCAAUUUACAGGAGGCAGACAUUUUGAAUUAGAAUAAGUCAGUUUUCUGUCCAAAACGACUCCAACUACCUACAUAACAGUUUAUGAAAGGUGCAUUAAAUACACAUAACUGUUUUAAAGGUCUAAAAAAUUGUAAUAAUAAAGUUUCAGUACUACAACAAAAGGUCAAGUACAGUAGUGAGAGACCUGUACUCAAUGUUGCUCUUUAGUUGAUUAUAACUGAUGAUUUUUCUGUUUGUCUC